AAACAAAACAAAGCCAGGAAGCGUGACAGUAACCCGGCAUUCGUUGCUCUUACUGUAGCCCGAUCACAUCCAGAAAACAGGAAUGCGCUGACUUGAGUUUGUCUUCAAGAAGCGUGUAUUUAACACACCCCGGCUGCAGGGAGAGAGGUAAAACAGCAUCUAUGGGUGAUAGUGAGGUGGCAUAACGCAUAACAUUGUAUGUGCAUUUGAGAGUGAUCACGCUCUCCAGAGGGAACAGUGCAUAGACUGGCUUUGCGUCUCCUGUUGAGUCCACUAUCCGUGCAGCGCCGUGAUGAACGCGAACCCGGCUGACUGUCCGGUGAGCGGUGUCUUCUCGCUGGAGGGUCUGCCUCCGCUGCCCAAAGGCCUGAGCGGCAUCCUGAACUCCAGCGGCGGGUCGUGGCGGGACAUCGAGAAGGUGCACAGCAAGAGAGCGCGCAUCCAGGCUGACAUCAGUCGCGGCGGCGACGCGACGCGCGGACAGAGCAAACCGGGCGGACUGGACGCUGCACUGGCUCUGCUGCGGAAAGAGAUGGUUGGUCUGCGUCAGCUGGACAUGUCUCUUCUGUGCCAGCUGUGGUCUCUUCACGAGGGCAUCCAGGAGUACAAGGGCUCCUCGCUUCUGUCUGAAGCCUCCUUCAGUGCUGAUAAUGGAUACUCUGAGGAGGAGGAAGAGGAGGAUGAAGUAGAGGAGGAGCAUGAUGAGGUGACUGGAGUUCUGUCACAACCUUCCCCGUCUUCCUCGUCCUUGUCUCUGCCUCCACCCAGCAGCAACUCCAGGGACCAGUGGAUCAAAGACUCCUUUCAUAUUCCCUGAUGAAGAUACCGACGUACGCUCCGUGCACUAUGCACUGUGGAGACGUUUCUCAAAGGUGAUGUCUCUUGCUGUGCCUUUAGGCCCCAUUUACACAGGCUUUUACACUAUGCAUCUCUUAUCCAGGUAAUAUGUCCAGUAUACACAGCAAUGUUAUCCACAUACAUUUUUUACACUUUGCAAAAUCAGUGCCUGUUUGAUAGAAAAUUGGUUGCAUCUGUCUGACAGUGUUUCAACCAAGAGUGACUUUAUUUGCCUUUUUUAUUGAUGUGGUUGAAAAUUUUUAUAGCUUAUGAAAUAAGCAGUGACAUAUGUGGCCUUUCUGUUUACACUGGACCAAGUUUUUCUCCACUGCAUCUUAAUAUCAGGUCUGAAUUCAGCUUCUAUGUGUCUUGGUUACACUUGUAUUAAGUAGGAAUCUGUUUACAGCGGUUCAGGAAGCAUGAAGUAGACUGUAUGGGACCCAAUCGUAUACAGUUAUAAAUGUGUGAAUUCCUAUUUUUGUUGUUACACUUGUGCACACUACAUGUCAGGAGUUGUGAGUAAUGUAAAAACAUCAGGGUGUUUUUUAUCUACACAGGGUCCAAAAUUGAGCAUAUAUCAAGUCAAGAUUUGUCUCAGACAAAUAAAUUAGUAAUAGUUGUGCAUGCCAGUGGCUGGUAAGUUUUAGUAUAGAAACCUUUGAAACCCUCAUAUAUCCACAGGUAGUCCUAUAUUUUCACUGUGCACUUUUUCUGGCUUUGGACAAGUCCAGUCAAAUGUCUCCAUAGUACACGCUAUUGAUUCGCUGCUUAUCAACUUCUAAACUUGCAGAACUUAGAUAUUGAGUUUUCUAUUUGUUGCAUAGUGAAGACAAAUUGAGGCCAUCUACAAGAAAGAGAAAAAAAAAUUAAGAGACACAAGUAAAGUCAGAUGUUAUGACUUUUUUUUUUCUUUUAAUCCGCAUGCUAGUACAUGCUGCUUGCUUGGCAGUGAAAAUGAGUUGGGUGGAAUAUUUCUAGGAAUUAUUAUGACAUCUGCUUGUUCAGGUGUGGAGUAACAUGCGGUUUGACUCCACUUCUGAUGACUGUGAUGACUUCAGGCUUUGAGAGGAGUAGGAUAAUCCGCCCUAUCAUACAGUAUUCUUGACUCAGUAACAGAAGCUCUCAGUCGAUCAAUAAUCUGUCAGUCAUAUACAAUCGAUGUGAAGCUGCAAAUCAGUGAGCCUUUGAUUUUGAUUUCAGAAGAGAAUAUUCUUUUGAAAAUGAUGUUUGGCUUGUUAUUCUGACAAGCAAGACUAUUAAUCUCCCAACUCGGCUGAUUCAUAAGCUACAAAAAUGUUUGCACGAUAACCUCCCUGCAGCCUAAUUUGAAAAUCAUGAUUUCCAACAAAGACAUAAUCAGUUAUAUGGACUUUAAAGGUUUGUAUGAACCACCGGAAUACAUCAUUAGUCCAAACAAAAAAAAAAACUAUAGGAAUUACAGGAAAUUGUUGCUUUCUGUCAGGACAUCAAGAAAAGGAUUAAUUCUGAUGGGAUUCUGCUCUGAAACGUUGUAUCCAAACAUAUUAAUCUGUCAUCAUCUUCAAAUAAUUUGAGCUUUUUUCAGUAUUUCUAUCCAUAGCUUGUGUUUAAAUGGAAGCAAGUCUUGUGUUAAGUCACUUACUGUAUCGCACAAAAUGUAUUACAGUUUUCUAAUCUGGCAAAUGGGUUGGAAAAGCCAGUAAAUUACUUUUUUUUGUAUCUAAUUAAUUAAAUAAAACUACAUUCUAUACCACA